UAUUUGAAGAAUGAAAGUGAUUUUAAUAAGAAAAAAAUUUGUUCUCUGAUUUUUGCCACGCAACGAGCACAGAACCGUGAAAUAAAACAAAAACGCCAAAAACCUAUGCCAAGUAUUGUAGUUAAUAACAAUUAUUUGUAUGCGUGUCUCAGAUGAGUUUUUUCGGUUGUUGUCGGUCAAUUGAGUCGAUUUUUGUACAAACGGAACAAGAGGGAGAAAAUAAUUAGAGUAAAAUAUUUCGUAAAAGUCGUUGGCAGUAAUAAGCAUUUGUAUUUUGUGCAUGACAAAUUCACAAAGCAUUGUGACCGACACUGAGCGUUGUGCUUAAUAAAUUGACGUACAUCAAAUAUUUAAUUAGAAAUCAAGUGUGUAUGUAAAGAAGUGGUAGCAGCAUAUACAUUGGAAAAUUGUAAUUGAAUAUAAAACAUUGAGUGAAGCAAUACACAAAGAAACCAAGAAGACAAAAAUGCCGUCAUCAGUAACUUUAGCUAUCAAAAGAUUCAAAAAUCGAUUUGAAGGGCCACAUUCAACGCUUCCAGAAGAUGAAUUCUUCGAUGCCGUCGAAACGGGAUUGGACAAAAUCGAAGAAGAUCGACAGUUAAGAGUUCGUCUAAAACUACAAUCACAACAGUCGCAAAGCAGUACGAAUAGCUCAACGGUGAUACCAGACGAAUGUGAAGACCAAGUAACGGAAAAAGUUGAUGAUGAAUUUGGUACCGGAAAUGCGGCUAAGGUGCAUCGAUUAUGGCCUCAAAUUGAUGAUAUUUGCAAAGAACAAUUGCAUUAUGCACGACAAGGUGUUGGUGAAGGUGGCAACGGAUGGCAAUUAUUUGCCGAUGAAGGUGAAAUGAAAAUGUAUCGCCGUGAGCAGGAAAUUGAUGGAAUGGUCGUUGAUCCAUUGAAAGCAUGUCACAUUGUAAAAGGUGUUACAGCUCGCGAAAUGUGUCACUACUUUUUUAUGCCGGAAUAUCGUAACGAUUGGGAAACAACAUUGGACGAUAUGGCAAUUAUUGAAAAAAUCUCACCUGAUAGCAUAGUCUUUUUGCAAACGCAUAAGCGAAUUUGGCCAGCUAGUCAACGUGAUGCAUUGUUUUGGUCGCAUAUGAGAAAAACAACCGAUAAAAAAGAUGAAACCGCACACGACGAAUGGUUGGUGUGCAAUCAUUCAAUCAAUUUGGAUGCAUAUCCAGCCAAUACAGGCAAAUGUGUUCGAAUUUUUUUAACAGUCAUUCUAUUUUGUCAAACAUACAUCGAUCCAACGAUUAUUGCCAGCGGAACCAAACCAACACGUAACGAUCUUACCUGUAAAAUCACCUAUUGCUCUGAAGUAAAUCCUGGCGGAUGGGCUCCAGCAUCAGUUCUUCGUGCUGUAUAUAAACGAGAAUAUCCAAAGUUUUUGAAACGCUUUACCGACUAUGUGAUCGAACAGUGUAAAAAUAAACCAAUUCUGCAAUGAGGUCCAAAUUCCAAGAUUGUUGGCAACCAGCGUUCAACCAAUGGAUGUCAUUGUCGAAAGCAAGCAGCACAACCAAUUUAAACGGAACCUUUUUUUUGCUGACAAUGUUGACGACAUAUAUACACAAAUUUACAUUCUACCGAUAAGAAUUAUGUUUCUCUAAAAUAAGAACAUUUCUAUGUAUAAAACAAAAAUAAACAAGUACUUUGCAGAGAAAGCAGAGAGUCUCUCCUGACUUUAUUAAAUUUAUAAGCAACAUA